AUGGCCUCAGUUGACUUCAGGAAUGACAGCGUCCCUGAGCAUGUGACUCGCUUUGAGAAAGUCCCAGCCCCGUACCAUCAUCCAGAAUCUUCGUAUAGUAUUGAUGGACUUUCUCGUGCAAUGAUUGCUUGGAUGCUGGACAUCAAUGUUCGAGCCAGCAUCAAGAGGCGCGAGUUUGAACGAACACGGCUUAAGAUCUGUCUUUACAUCAACCACAUGGAGCGCCUCCUAUAUCAGAACAACAUCCCUUACAAGCCAUACAAUGACAAGCAGAGCAAUUUGAUGGUUCAAAAUGCGAGAGCGAGCUUUGCAACCCACAUGCAAGCCAAAUUCACAGACAAUACACCUAUCCCCAUCACAGCUCCUAUUAAAUCUACGGGAGAGCUAUGCAGGACCGUUUCCGAUGCGCAGACAAUGGAUUACAAACUUCACCAGCUGGAGGUAAUUCGGUUCAUGGGCAGAACUGAUCCUCCCAGUCUGGAUGAGUUUAAUAGAACAACGAGAGCGCAUAGACCUGAGACACAGCCAAGGAGAUAA